GGGCCCGGGGCGGGGCCUCUUGCGUCCGGCCGCGCGGGGUCUCGGCCACGGGAGGAGGAAGAUGGCGUUGCGGGGGUUCCGAGCUGGGCCGUGCGGGCUCCUGCCGCUGCUGUCUGUGUUGCUGCUGCUGCUGCUGCUCGGGCCCUGGCCGGCGGCGGGCCACGGCGGCAAGUACUCGCGGGAGAAGAACGAGCCCGAGCCGCCCCCGAAGCGCGAGCCCGGGGGGGAGUUCCGCAUGGAGAAGCUGAACCAGCUGUGGGAGAAGGCCCGGCGGCUGCAGCUUCCUCCUGUGAAACUCUCCGAGCUCCAUGCUGACCUGAAGAUACAAGAAAGGGAUGAGUUCAACUGGAAGAAAUUGAAGGUUGAAGGCUUAGAUGAAGACGGAGAGAAAGAAGCAAAACUCAGACGCAAUCUCAAUGUCAUCCUGGCCAAGUAUGGUCUGGACGGGAGGAAGGACACCCGUGCGGUGACCAGCAACUUCCUCAGCGACGGCGCCGAGGACGACAGCCUGGGCGACCCCAGGCUGGAGAAGCUGUGGCACAAGGCAAAGACCUCUGGGAAAUUCUCCAGCGAAGAACUGGACAAGCUGUGGCGAGAGUUUCAGCACCACAAAGAGAAAGUUCAUGAGUACAACGUCCUGCUGGAGACCCUGAGCAGAACUGACGAGACUCAGGAGAACGUCAUCGGUCCCGCCGACGUCAAGGAGGAGGUGCUGCACAGCAAGCACGCGGAGCUGAAGGACCGGCUGCGGGGCAUCAACCAGGGCUUUGACCGCCUGCGCAAAGUCAGCCACCAGGGCUACGGCGCCGAGGCCGAGUUCGAGGAGCCCCGAGUGAUCGACUUGUGGGACCUGGCCAGGUCGGCCAACUUUACGGAGAAGGAGCUGGAAUCGUUUCGGGAGGAGCUGAAGCACUUUGAAGCCAAAAUUGAGAAGCAUAACCACUACCAGAAGCAGCUGGAGAUUUCUCACGAGAAGCUGAAGCACGUGGAGAGCUUUGGCGACCGAGAGCACGUCAGCCGGAACAAGGAGAAGUGCGCCCUGCUGGAGGAGAAGACCAAAGAGCUGGGCUACAAGGUGAAGAAGCACUUACAGGACCUGUCCGGCCGCAUCUCGAGAGCUCGCCACAAUGAACUCUGACGGACCGGGGAGCCCGGCGGCGCAGGAAGGGAGGCACCGAGGGCCUGGGUUUUCCUGAAGACGGGCGAGCUGCUUUGGGAUGGCUUUCACGUGAACAGAACCUCAGGAGGGCGCGAUGGGGACUGGCCAUGUGGGCCCUAGCAGGGAAGGGUUGCUUCGGGUGCCACUGUUGGCCUGGCAGAGGAUCUGCGCCAUCGCA